AUGGACAGCAGAAGAUUUUCGGUGGAGGACCCGACCUCCAGCUGCAGAGUGAGGAGAGAUGAGCGGUGUCACGCAUUCAUUUCUUCCCUCACUCAGCACUUUUUAUUUCCUGCGUUCAUUUUGAUGAUUAUCAUCGUGAACUCAUUCGUCAUCGCUCUGGAGGAAGAAUACAGUAACCCAGGGCUGUUUAGGGAGGCCGAGUGGGUUUUCCUGAUCCUCUAUGUGAUGGAGUUCAGCAUGAGGGUCUACGUGGAGCCGCGUAGUUUUUGGAGAAGUGGCUUUAAUAUCUUCAGCUCUGCGUUGCUGCUGCUGUCUCUGGUGGCAGUGUUCGCUGAGGGAGCCACUUCGUUCUUCUCUCUGCAGAACUUCAGGCCUUUCCGUGCCCUCCGUGUCUUGAAGAUCAUCUCCUUCUUCCCCUCACUUCAGGCUCUGGUUGUGGUGCUGGCCAAAGCCAUGAAGAGAGCAGUGUACGUGAUGUGUCUGGUGGUGUUCAUCAUGUACAUCUUUGCUGUUGCCAGUGUUCUCUAUUUCGGAGAGCAAGCAACAGGGGACACCGAGCACUGGGGGAAUUUGGGGUCCGCCCUGCUCACAGUCUUUGGCUUGAUAACCUUGGACAGCUGGGUGGAUUUGUUGAGGAAAGUGGAUGGUUUAGGAGUGGCCUACAGUCGGCUCUUCCCCAUCAUCUUCAUACUGAUGGGCCACUUCAUUUUCUUCAACAUGUUCGUGGCCUUGGUCAUCAUGGAAGUUGAGCGCAUGACUAAAGCCCGUGAGGAGGAGGCUCUGCAGAAGCGGGAGGCAGCGAAGAAAGGGGCGAAGAAGAAAAGAACAAUGAAGCAGCUGAUUGGGAGUCAGGUGAGUGCAGGUUAA